AUACUUUUGAUACAUAAGCUGGUAGUAAAUUUGUUUUAAUUCAGACGGUAAUACAUGCUUAAAUACUAUCAGACGUACAUUAAAUUGAAAAUGUUGUCUUAGAUUGGUUGAUUGAAUGAUUAAAAGCGCUCAGCUUCUACCACUGUAUUAUUAUUGAAAAUUGUUCCGCAAACUUGUCUGUGAGGCUAUAAUUUUCAUUCGACCGGGGUGGUUUGGGCAUGUGCUGCGAAUCCAUAGCCAUCACUUACCUCGACGUCCAAUGAUAACGAGUAGGAGUAGGUUGGAAUAAAGUUAGGGGUGCCCAGAUCCUAAGACAUAAUAUCAGUCCGUGAAGCUAUUGGCUGUUGUAGUGAAACAUGCUAGUAGAUGCAGAAUACAUUGUUGGGGUCCCCUCAGUUUUCGUAACCGAUGGCUAGAGACAUUGAGUGACGCCCAGAAUCUGUUGCACCGAUGCAGUUGGAUCCACUCUCUAUCUUCCUCCAGGUCUUGGGUUUCAAAGUUAUCUUGUACUUCAUAUUAUACUAAUUCAUUCUUUAUCAAUCAUACUGUUUUAUUUUUAUUUUAUUUAUUUUAACACAUAGACAUUGGUACAGAGAGGCACCAAAUACAUAUGCGCCACACAAAUCCCAUUCGAUAUGUGUGAGGGCUGUGAUACUGCCCGGGUGCCCAAACCGAAGCAGGUGGUUUUCUUAAGGGGCCACUUCCCGAGCCUUCGACUUGAAGUUCUGAUCCACAAGGCAGUGGAGCAUCGUAAGGAGAUGCAGUCCCAUGGUAGCCGGUGACCAACAAUUGGUUCAUACGCCAUUUGUUCCUUCAGGAUAUUGGAGCCCAUGUGCACCAUUGAUUUGGAAUCCGGUUAAAGCUCCGGACAUCCGCUUUUCGUCCUCUCAUUUUCGUAAACAACACCCCCGCCACAAGAAUGCAGUGAGUAGGACUUCCCUUUCAGAGGCUAUAUACGCGUGGCCAAUCAUACUGUCUACUACUUCGGUAUUUAUCUUUGCAGCUUCAUCUCGUUGUCAGGUUGACUGGUUGAUUUCAUUCUGUGUUAAUAUGAUGUGGAAACUUGAACGAAUACACAUGUGUCAGAUUAUUUAUGAAAGAUUAGUUGUGAAUGCAUUGAAUACUUCUUUCUAUCUUGUUCCACCUUUUCCCCUAACAGACGAACGUAUCAGUUUCGAAUCAUUCGUUCCAAUUUAUCAUGGUUUAUUAAAAGAACAAGUGGAAGUGGAUCAAGAAACGUUUAUUGAGUCGUUUCGUGUAUUUGAUAAAGAAGAUAAUGGAUUAAUUAGUGCAGCUGAAUUAAGACAUCUACUAACAGCACUAGGUGAAAAACUACGAGAUGAUGAAGUGGAUGUAUUAUUAUCUGGUUUAGAAAAUAGUCAAGGUCUUGUACCAUAUGAAGCUUUUGUACAACGUGUUAUGAGUUAA